ACCAAGAGCCCUCUGCCCAAAAAUAAAACCCUACGUCCGUCUCCGUCCCCAAAUCCGUCACCCGCCGCCGCCACGCACCAAACCUCCGUCCUCGAACCCUGCCGCUGCCGCUGCCGCCGCGCCAUGAGGCCUCUCGACGAGAAAGAGACCACGCAGGUAUUCGAGAAGCUGUUCAAAUUCACGGGGCCCAACCUGAAGCACCUCCUGGAGCGGCCCGCCGUCGAGGGCCCCGACCCAGAGCACGGCCGCUACUGCUUCCGCCUCCACCGGAACCGCGUCUACUACGCCUCCGAGGCGCUCGUCCGCCGCGCCACCACCGUCGCUCGCCCGCGCCUCGCCGGCGUGGGGACGCCCAUCGGCAAGUUCACCCACCACGGCGCGUUCCACCUCACCGUUCACGCGCUCGACCUCCUCGCGGCCCACGCGCGGCGCCGCGUCUGGCUCAAGCCCGACACCGAGCGCUCCUUCCUCUUCGGCAACUCCGUGCCAAAGUCCUCCCUCGCGCGCAUCACCGAGAACACCAAGGCGGGGGACGGGGUCGUCGUCAUGUCCAUGGCCGACGUGCCGCUCGGGUUCGGCAUCGCUGCGAGGUCGGCGCAGGACUGCAGGAAGGCGGACACGAACGCUGUGGUCGUGCUUCACCAGGCGGACGCCGGGGAGUACCUCCGCAAGGAGGAGGAGCUCAUGUGAGGUGUGCCAUGGCUUGUGAUGCUGAAACUCUGAAAGACGUGUCCUUUGCAUUUGUGAUCUGUAACUGUAAGCAGUUCUACAAUGGUUGGAAACCAAUGUUAGGAGAGGUGGUCUUCCUGUAUGUAUUAGUACUAGUAGUCUUGUUCUCGGGCAAUCCUAGGGCUAUGAUACUGGAGUUUCUCAUGUACAACUCGUAAAUUAGAUGAUGAGUGAUGUUAUAGUCCUUGUACUGCAUGUAUGGAUCAGAUUGUCUGGGGCUC